CCGCCUUCGGCUCCCAGGACAGCCUCCUCGCUGGCGAAAGGCUGGGGGUGGGGGCCCCCUGCCGGCUGCCGCGCGCGCGCGCGCGCACGCCGGGCUGGUACGCGCCGUGUACGCGCCCGUGCGCGCCCCGAGGCUCGAGCCCAGCGCUCGCAGCCGCCUUCGCUGCCACAGUCAGCUACACGGGGCCGCCGUCGCCGCCUCCCCCAGGCCGGGGGCUCUGUCCGCGGGGCCGGCACCACUCGCCCCGAGCCAGGAGGACGAGCUCGAGGAGGAUGUCUGGGCUCGUCCCGCGCGGCCCCGGGUGAGGCCCACCCGCGCUCCCACCGGCGCCAUGGGAAGGAGCGGGCGCCGCUGCUUUUGCUCCCCACCGGCGCGCGCACGACUUGAGCCCCGCCGCGAGCAGCCCCCGGCCGCAGGUCCCCGAGUGACGCUGGCGGCGCCUGGGAGCGUGGCGCGGGCCCGGGGCCACGUAGAGGAACCCAGUGUCCAGUGAAGCAGCCGAGGACCCGCCCGCCCCGCCGCCGCCAUGGUUAUGUCCCAGGGCACCUACACGUUCCUCACGUGCUUCGCCGGUUUCUGGCUCAUCUGGGGUCUCAUCGUCCUACUCUGCUGCUUCUGCAGCUUCCUGCGCCGCCGCCUCAAACGGCGCCAGGAGGAACGACUACGUGAGCAGAACCUCCGCGCCCUCGAGCUGGAGCCCCUCGAGCUCGAGGGCAGCCUGGCCGGAAGCCCCCCAGGCCUAGCGCCGCCACCACCACCGCAGCGCGGCCGCCUCGAGGCGCCGGCGCACGCGCAUCAGCACGUGCACGUCCACCCACUGCUGCACCACGGGCCGGCGCAGCCACACGCACACCCGCACGCACACCACCACGCGCUUCCUCAUCCGCCGCCCCCGCACCUUUCAGUGCCGCCGCGGCCUUGGAGUUAUCCGCGUCAAGCGGAAUCGGACAUGUCCAAGCCACCGUGCUAUGAAGAGGCGGUGCUGAUGGCCGAGCCGCCGCCGCCCUACAGUGAGGUGCUCACGGACACGCGCGGCCUCUACCGCAAGAUCGUCACACCCUUUCUGAGCCGCCGCGACAGCUCGGAGAAACAGGAGCAGCCGCCGCCCAGCUACAAGCCGCUCUUCCUGGACCGGGGCUACACGUCAGCGCUGCACCUGCCCAGCGCUCCGCGGCCUGCGGCCCCCUGCCCUGCGCUCUGUCUGCAGGCGGACCGUGGCCGCCGGGUCUUCCCCAGCUGGACCGACUCGGAACUCAGCAGCCGCGAGCCGCUGGAGCACGGAGCUUGGCGCCUGCCGGUCUCCAUCCCCUUGUUCGGGAGGACUACAGCCGUAUAGAGGGGCGUCCGGCGUUCCGGGCCUCACCCGCGAACUCGUGGCCUGACUGCGGGGCUUUUUAAACGCUUCCCUUGGACUGC